AUGGCUGCCCACGAGGCUGGAUUCAGCCGCAUUUCAGACCAGCACAUUGCAGCGGUGAUUCGUGAUUCUGACGAGUGGGCCUUCGUUGAAUACAUGAUCCAGAUUAAUACAAGGACUUCUCGUGUCAAGCUUCUCCAGGCCUGGCACAUAUCACCGCUCUCCGUUGUGAACCAGUUUGAGAAACGCACAGCUGAGUGGGUCACUCGGUCGUCAUGUCUGACGAAAGAGAAGCAUCAGGCGAGCGCACCACGCUUCCACCAGAAUACGAUAGCGCAUAUCUGCAGAACGGUGGUGCAGCGCCACACCGUGUUCUUCGACGAUCCUGAACAAUCCAAAGGAUCGUCCUUUAUCAGAAGGGCAGAAGCUAUCCGACAGGCAAACAGAGGACUUUCUAUGGCUACGGCUGGCGUGCUGCCUCGACACACUUUCCGUCAGGAAUACGUUGUUUACGACUCAUCACAGGUGGUGCCAAACUACUUGGUUCUCUUCGAAGUCGACCCCACAGAGCCUGAGCUGUUCGCCGUGCCACUCUGUGACACCUGCCAGGACUUCCCAGCUGCAAUUUGGUGCCCCGCCGACACGGCCAAGCUGUGCGAGGCAUGCGACGAGCGCCUGCACUCGUACAACAAGCUGGUCUCAAGGCACAUCAGAGUUUCAUUAAACGAGGUGAGGAACCUAGUGCCACCUGCAGGAACGCACCCUCCGAGUGCCUAA